AUGUUCAAUCCUAGAAUCACUCCCGAGGAGUUCCAGCAGACUAUGGAGAGCGCCCGCAAGGGAGUUCAGCAGCUGACUCGAGAGAAGGAGAUGGCGAAUUCGCAGUUAGACCUUGAUGAGCUUACGGCGGAGGACGUCAAUAUCCAUCUGGCUCUGUUUAAACGCCUGAUUACUAUUGUUGAUAAUGUGCUUGCUGUCGUUGAGGACACGGGUGAUGGGGCUUCGCAAGCUGAAGAGGAGGAAGACGCUACUGGGUUUGAUGCGGAUAUCGAUGGAGAUUCGGAUAAUUCGGAUAACGUGGAGAGCGUGGAAGGCGAGGAUGAAAAGUAG